GGCAGGCCUGCGCUGGCCUGGGUUGUAAGUGCUGGACACUGACCACAGCGGGCAGCCCCAGGGUCAGGCCAGCCUUGGAGAAGGUGAGGUCCGGAGUCGGGGCCCAGGUCAGCAGGGGGCACGCGUUAAAGGGCCUGAGACAUGCCGGGGAGAGCGUCGGACGAGGAGCAGGCGGAGGCGGGGGCCCCCGAGGACGGAGCGGAGGCCCCGGAGGAGCUGGGGGGCCUCACGGUGGAGGAGCUGCGGCAGGGCCAGGAGGCGGCGCUGGCCCUGGAGGACAUGAUGGCGCUGAGUGCCCAGACGCUGGUCCGGGCGGAGCUGGACGAGCUGUACCAGCAGGUGCGGCCGCUGGGCGAGGGCCGCUUCGGCCGCGUGCUGCUGGUCACCCACCGGCAGAAAGGCACGCCCCUGGCCCUGAAGCAGCUGCCCAAGGCCUCCACGUCGCUGCGGGGCUUCCUGUACGAGUUCUGCGUGGGCGUGUCGCUGGGCGCGCACCCCGGCGUGGUGGCCGCCUACGGCAUCGGCAUCGAGUCCGCGGACUCCUACAGCUUCCUGAUGGAGCCAGUGCUGCAGGGCGACCUGCUCCGCCUCAUCCGGCCCAAGGAGGGGCUCCCGCAGCCCGCGGCCCAGCGCUGCGCGGCGCAGCUGGCCUCGGCGCUGGAGCACAUCCACGCGCGCGGCCUCGUGUACCGGGACGUGAAGCCGGAGAACGUGCUGGUGCGCGACCCGGGCUGCGGGCGGGUGCAGCUCGCCGACUUCGGCCACACGCGGCCGCGGGGCACGCUGCUGCGCCUGCGCGGGCCGCCGCUGCCCUACACGGCGCCCGAGCUGUGCGCGCCGCCGCCGCUGCCCGCGGGGCUGCCGCUGCAGCCGGCGCUGGACGCCUGGGCGCUGGGCGUGCUGCUCUUCUGCCUGCUCACCGGCUACUUCCCCUGGGACCAGCCGCGCGCCGCCGACCCCUUCUUCGAUGAUUUCCUGGCCUGGCAGGCCUCGCGCCUGCCCGCCGACCGCCCGCAGCCCUGGUUCGGCCUGGCGCCCGCGGCCGACGCCCUGCUGUGGGGGCUGCUGGACCCCGAGCCGCGGAGGCGCAGCCCCGUGAGCGCCGUGCACGCCUACCUGGGCCGGCCCUGGAGGCAGCGGGCCGGGGAGGACGGGGAGGCCGAGGCGCUGGGGGACGGGGAGGAGGGGGGCGGAGAGUGAGGCGCAGCCUGGGGCCCCCGCCUUGCCCUGGAGACUCAGAGGAACGGGGACCCAUAUCCCUUCUCCUGCGGGGUCUCCGGCUCCCUGUCUGCAUGCGCGCACCUGCCUCCAUCCACCCCAGGGCCUUUGCACUUGCUGCACCCGCUGCCUGCAGAGCUCCCGGCUCCUCCCCUCGCCUCCUGGGGACCUGCAACGCUUCCCCUGGGCCCUGGGCUCUCCCCGCCCCAGGGGCCCCAGCCUGGCGUCACCACCCCACUGCGCUCUGGCACCCAGUCCCCGCCAGCUGCCCCGUGUGCGCUGCUGGGGCCUGAGCUCCUGGAGGCGGUCCGGCCUGGCCUGUGCUCCUGUGUCCCAGCAGCCGCAGCCGCAGCCGGGGGCAGAGGCCUGUGCAGUGAGGGGGCCCCUGUGGCUUUGCCCGCCUCCCCCCCUCCCUCUGCUGGGGGUGCCCUCUUGGCGGGGUGCCUUG